AUGCAUCGUUUCUUGAAACAUCAACGCCCUUUUUACACUAUCGUGGUCGGUGACCCUGACAGGGCGGAAAUCCGUAACGACGACCAACGAACACUGCCUUGGUUGCCAGUGAAGAAAAUUGGACAGGGCACAUACGGCGUUGUAUCCAAGGUCGAAGUUACCGAGGGUCGUUUGACUAAGGUUCGCGACUUUAAUCAGACUAUUGGAAAGCCUGAAGUCAUUGCUCGAAAAGACUUCAUACCAGAGACUGCUGAGGCGAGCUUCCAGAAAGAGUGGCAAGCAAUCAAGAGCGAGGGACAGCUAUCGAUAUUCAGUCUACUCAUGCCACUAGCAGAUAUGGACCUUGCGAAGUACAUAGAGAGAUAUCCGGAAGCAAUAGUAAACGACACAAUCGCUCGGCAAAGGAUCAUUAAGGCUGCGAUGGGCUUGACAGAUCGUCUCGACUUUCUUCACAGUGUAUUAAAAAUGCAGGAUGGUGAAGAAAACCUGAUCUGCUAUCUUAUGGAUCCCAAGCCUGGCAACAUUCUGGUCUUUAAUGUGGCCUCGGUUAUAGCUUGGAAGCUUAGUUAUUUUGGCCUGUCAAGAGUGAAGCGAAAAGCCAAGCCUGAUAUUUCCGACCUUAGCAGAAUAUUGAAAAAGCGUGGAAGCGAUCAAUAA